AAUAUCUUAUCUUCUCUUGUUAUAAUGAAUAUAUUUACUAAUAAAUUAUUAUAUCAUUCAAACAAGAGAAUAAUAUAUUUAUAUACGAAGAGAAAUCCUAAAGUGGUUUUUCAUAGGGUAAAUCAAAACUACUUAUAGGCUUGAGGAUGUUAUCUCCUACAACUUGUCCAUUUGUUGGGAAAUGAAUCUCCCACCAACUUAUUGAAUGGUGGGACUCAUAUGCAUCACACUUUACAAAUAAAGUGAUUGUCAAUUCUAACAAUGUAAUCUCUUGUACAUUAUUUGAUAUUACUGUCAUCAAUUUUUUAAGAUGACAACACAAAACAAAAACACAUCUACUCUCUCUUGUAUUCCAAACAUAAAUAUAUAAAUAAUGGACCAAAAUGACCAUAAAUUUCUUAUCAAAGGGUUGUAACACUUUUAAAAAAAUCAUACUUUGAGAGAAUGGGUAUCUUACAUUGUUUGGGAUGAUAACACUAGAUUAUUUAAAUAGUUUGUGAGCUCUUAACUAUCAACAUGCAUUUUGAAUUGCAAAAUCAAAAAACAAAAGCUUGAUCAAAUGAUUUGAACUAUUGAACCAGAAUGUUGUGUGAGCACUGCAAGAGCACCCCUUCGAAUUUGAUCCCCAGUUCAUGUACCUCCUUCCUUUAAGCAUAUCCCCAAUGAGCCUUAUAUAUUUAUGCAAAUAAAUAUCUCAACAGUGAGCCCAAUUCAUAGUUUUGACUGGAAGUUAUGAGCAUAUUCCCAACUACUUUUUACAAAACAGUGACUUCAAGCAGUAAACUCGACUGCUUAUUUUACAUAUAUAAUCUUUAUGAGCUCCAUCUGAUCACCCCUAUACAGAAAGAUGGCUGAGGAGUUUAUAGCAGGAGAAGGAAGCGGCAAGAAGGUGAUGCUGGCCAUUGAUGAGAGUGAGUAAGUCACUAUGCACUCAUGUGGGUUCUGGACAAUCUCAAGGAUUCGAUCACCAAGGGCCAGUUUAUUUUCUUAAUGGCGCAGCAGCCAACCAAUUAAAACUACACCUUCGCAGCAUCUCUUGGUUCUGCUCGCAUGUACUGCCCUACUGCAGCCAAUUCAGAUGUGAAGUUUGCUCAAGAGAAUCAUCAGAAGCUUGCAUUGGCUUACUUGCAGAAAGCUAAGGACAUUUGUUUUAAUAAAGGGUGUGUCUGCAGAUUAAGUUUACAAUCAACUUUUGCUGGUGACAGCAGAACUGUUCACAGACGUAGGGUAUCCGAACGCAUUCUUAUUGACUGCAGUUCAAAAACUCAAUUUCAAUAUGCUGAUUUUGGGCAAGCACGGCCUCAGAAAAAUCAAAAGAGAAGAGAAAUUUGUUCAGCAAAAUUGUUGUAAGAAACAAGAAGUGCAGAAAUUUAGAUUUGGUGACAAGAUUUACAUUUAGAUGAAGCAUCAUUGUAGGUGAGAAGCUGGGUGGAGUAAUUGUUAAUAGCUCCAGCAGCACACCUUCCUUAACGAAAUGAAGAGCAGAUGACCAACGAUAACGGAAGUUCACCGUGUCUGCCCAUGAACACACAUUCGCCAAGUCAUUGUUUGCAGACUGUGGAAGCAAUUUUUUCCCGGCAACUUCAGCUGCUUUACUCAAGCGAGACUGUCACAACAAAAAAACAUAUAACAAAUAAAAUUUUCCAGAAAAAUGAAGUUAAGAUUGACAGUUAAAAAUGAAAAAACAACCUGAGCAAUUUUACAAACUGUGAAAUGGCCUUUAGUUCCCCAGGCAUAAGUCCCUGGAAAGAGAACUAGAAUUAAGAGUAGAGUUAAAAUCUGAUAGACCCUGCAAACCUCCAUUUUCAUAAUCUCCAUAUUUUCUAUUGAAUGCAAUAUUCUAGUAUGCCUUUAUAUUAGUAGUCAAUCAAAAUGCAACAAUAUCUUCUACUUA